GUUGUCCACAGGUAACCCAAUCAUAUUUCUAUACGCGACACUAUUCAGUUAUUUACAUAUUUGUAUUUUCUAAUCUACGAAAAACAUCUUGUAUUCUUGUUUCAUGAUUAUUAUUUGUAUAUUUUUAUGUAAUAAUCGUAAUAUUUGAUAUUUAAAAUAAAAACAUUGUGGGGGAGUCAUUAAUGACAAGGCGUUCCUGAUCAGCAUUUUAGAAACCGAGUGUAGAUUGGAACCUAUACAAUAAUGGCGGGAAAAAUUUCAAUGUUGACAUCCAUUCUUCAAAGCUUGUCUGUUUUGCUCUUGGUUUUGCUCUGAAUAUUAGCCAAAAAGAAAGAUUUUGGACCCAGUUAUUGGAAAGAAUCAUUCCUUUAACACCAGUGGAUCAGAAUGGUACAAGAAUUCAACGUUUUGAAGUGUUUUUCGUGUAAAAGAUUUCAAGUUCAUCAAGUGAAAAAGGCCAAUAAAUGGAUAUGUAAAGUAUGUGGAGAAAAGCAGUCAAUAUCAAGGAUUUAUGGCCAAGGAAGUGCUCCUGAUUGUAGGAAGCAUGUACAGAAGCUAAACAAAAUACAAGGAGAGCGAGAACAGUUGAUAGCAGAAAAAGUCAUAGAUGCCAAUGUUGAAGAGUUUGAUUGUUGUGACGAUGAAGAGACAGACACUGAAAAAUUGGAACAAGAAAACUUCAGCAACAAAAGAGAUCAAGCUGGAAGUAGAUGGCAGAAGUUUAUAGAAACUGAAAUAAAAAAUGAAGAAAACUUGGAAGAAGAAUUUUGGAAUGGAAUACCUGUUACAAUGAACAAAAAGGCAUUUGAUGAUGGAACAAAACAAAGUAAGCAACCGAAAAAGAAAAUUACCCAAAGCAAUGAGGAAUUACUGCCUCAGAAGAAGAGAGUAAGGACUCAAGAUUUUGAAAAUGAUGAAGAUGAAUUCCAACAUAGAAAAUACUUGCCAAAAAGAGACUCACAGAAAGUGAAAGAGAUGAAAGAAAAAUCGAAAUCAAAGUGGGAAAUAUUCAAUUCAUCCCCAGAAGAAAUUCCAUGUGAUGAAAAAAUUGUGCCAUUUGAUGAGCAUGCUGGAAUAUCAACCUUAAAGUCAAAGAGAUUUGAUGUGGUCAAUUUGAAUGAUUCUUCUGCAAAAAAUGCCCCAUGUAAUAGUCAGAAUGUAAUGUCUUCAAAGAGCAUUAAUUCUCAAGUGAAUAGCAAAGGAAACUUAUGCACAAAUAACACUAAAGCUUCUCAAUCCAAGUGGGCAAAAUUUCUUGGUUCUUCUGAGUGCACACAAAUAGAAGAUGAAUUUGAAGGAGAACAUGUUGAAUCAUAUUCCAAAUUUGGUGCUUCUGAAAACAGUAUACAAAAUAUACAGCUCCUAACAAAAUCAGUGCCAACCUGUAAUCAAACUAUGGAUUCUAAGACUCUUGAAUCAAUAUGCAAUAUCAGUAAUGCUCAAUGUGUGGAAUCUAAUGAAGUCAGAAAUAGCAGUGGCAUUCAAAUUCCUUCCUUUCUCAUGAAUGCAAAAGCAACCAGAUCAGAGCAAAAGGCAGGUGAGUCGACAGACUCUUGCCGAUCAAAUCAGAAGCAAAAUCCUGUCACUUCAAAGGAUUUAUUUACAAUUGACGAUGAUGAACUUGGUGAUGAAUGGUGGAAUGUAUAAAUAUUAAAUAAAAAUAUAUAUAUUCCAAUAAUUUCAAGACAAGGAGGAGGACAUUGGGCAACUAUAUAUUUUUUAGGAAAGCAAUUGCCUGCCCAAAAUUUUACCUACCAAGUCUGAAAAUAAUGGCCGUUCGUUGGACAAUGUUGGGAUAGAAUAGACCCCUUGCAUGUGACGUCAAAGCAGCUCAAUGUUGAGGAUAAAACAAAAGAAUUUCAAUCUCCUGGGUUAGAAACCUAUUUUUAAGUCCUCCACUUUGAGCUACAUUCCGACAUGCUGUAAGGGGUAAAUUGGAACUUGYCCAGUCAAAUCUUUGCCUUUCUGGUCAUUUUGACCAGUACCAUUGAGCCAGAAACAAAAUAUACUGAGCUGAAACUAAUUUGGCCUGUAAUCAUGACUGGUGACUGACUGACUAAUGCCAUUUCUCCUUUUUUGCUUUUUAUGAGCUAAAACUCCACCACCCUACUAAUAUCGAGGUGCUUUCUUUAUUCCUGAUGUUCAUUUUAAUGACGGGAUGGGAUGGGAUGUGGUAAAUGUGAAUACCUUAAUGACCGAGCUCCAUCCCAUAUCUUUAUUUCACUCUGAAAAAAAACCUUUAAUUGGAAUCCAGAUUGAAGCCUUUUCCUUGUGACGCAUGGGUGAAACAGUGCAACCUUCUCAAAAUUAUCUUGGAUAGGAGGCUUACAUGAAAUAAAAAAGAAAUCAACUUUUCUCAAUGGAAACAAAUAGAAAUCGCAUGCCUGUGGUUUGUGCACAGGGAGCCCAAUUUAGAUUAAAGUGAAUGGUAAAAAUAAAAUCGGAAAAAUUAAAUAAUUAAUGAUUUUUUAAAUUCGAGAUCAAGAUAAUGUCAUCUGUAAUGCGAAAGAGUAAAAAAAUCAAUAAAAAAUGCACUAGAACAUUUUUUUCGCACGCGCCUUUGUUUUCCUACAUAAUUUCCCUAUGGUAUGCGAUGUUGAUCUUAUGUAUACUCUGACAAGCUGUCAGAGGUCGUCAUGCUUCACAUUUUUGUCUAUCGGGAUUCGAUUAUUUACCCCGGGGGGGGUACUCCCCUAUAUUUGCUAUACAGGUAUGGUUUUUCGGCUUUUGGGUCUGGGGUAGGGUAUCAUUU